AUGCCUAAGAUCGAAGAAACUGUGUGCCAGAAUGAUCCUAGCGAAGCAGAAACUACACCCCAUGUGUCUAAAACACCAGAGCAGAGCCAGGAAAACAAGAAUUACUGCCUACAUGACCAUUCUCCUGAUCUAACAGAGACAGUUAAUAAAGUUUCCAGGUUGAACAUUGCUCACGAGAUCAUAGUGAACCAAGAUUUCUGUAUGGAAGAAAGGGUUUUACCUCCAAAUAGUCCAGAAGGCAAGUUGAUGGAGACAAUGCACAAUGCUUUUUGGGACCAUCUGAAAGAACAACUAUCAAAUAUACCACCUGACUUCACCUGUGCUCUUGAUCUUUUAAAAGAAAUUAAAAUUAGCUUUCUGUCACUGCUGUUACCAUGGCACAAUCGUCUAAGAAAUGAGAUUGAAGAAGCACUGGACAUGGAUCUUCUCAAGCAGGAAGCAGAGCAUGGGGCCCUGGAUGUCCCUCGUCUCUCUAACUACAUUGUUAAUUUAAUGAAACUUUUGUGUGCCCCAGUUCGAGAUGAAGCAGUGCGGAAACUAGAGAAUAUACCAGAUCCUGUGAACUUAUUGAAGGGUAUUUUCCAUGUUUUGGGCCUGAUGCAAAUGGACAUGGUGAACUACACUAUCCGGAGCCUUCGACCAUACCUGAAGGAACAUUCCAUCGAGUAUGAACGAGCCAAAUUUCAAGAACUUCUCAACAAGCAUCCCAAUCUCCUUGAUUAUACCAUCAAGUGGCUAACCAAAACAGCAACAGACCUCACCACACCACCUCUGAGUUCUUCUGUCCCUUCCAGCACCUCCAGCAUGGCCUGUUCAUCUUCACAUUGGAAAGUUAUUAGCUUAGAGCUACCCAGUCCCACAAUGGUGCUACACCAGAGCUAUCUGAACCUCCUUCUCUGGGACCCAGCAGAUGAAGAGUUCCCUGAGACUUUGUUGAUGGACAGAAUGAGGCUACAAGAGAUGGCGUUUCAGUUGAAGCAGUUAACCAUUUUGGCUUCUGUCUUGCUAGUGGCCAGAAGUUUAUCUGGGAACGUUUUAUUUAGUUCACCUGAGUUUGUGGAUAAAUUGAAAUGCAUAACCAAGGCUCUGAUAGAGGAAUUUAACUUCAGGCCUGAAGAGGCUAUGCUGAGUGUGAGUGAACAGGUGUCUCAGGAAAUCCAUCAAGGCCUCAAGGACAUGGGACUCACUCCUCUGAGCAGAGACAACACAGCAUCCCUUAUAGACCAACUCCAGAACAUCGCCAAGAAGGAGAACUGCAUUCGUAAUAUCAUCGAUCAGCGAAUUCGAUUGUUUUUCAAACGUUGUUUUAUUUGUGGUAUGCAGGAGUCUCUGCUAGACUUUCCUGGAGGCCUUAUCCUCAUUAAGGGGGAGUUGACAGAACUAGCAUGGAAGUUUGUUAAUCUGAUACAUCAUAAUCAUCAGGUAUUUGGUCCCUACUAUGCUGAAAUCUUAAACAAUAUUAUCCCUCCACCUCAUACAAAAUAA